AUGAAGACCAGCGUUAUUUCUCUAAUAGCUCUCGCUGCAGUUGUCGCUGCUGCUGGUGUCCAACCAGGGGCUCACUCUAAUACAAACGCCGUUCCCAACAUUGUGGUCUCACCCCCAGGGGAUGGCAACGGAGCGAUUGACAACACUGUCAGGCCGAAUGAUAACAACCGGUUGGGACAGUAUUGGAUGCAAUACGGUAUUUGCGAUACCAGGACACGCAAGACCACUUGCAAAAUCCAGUCGAUCCCGUCUGGGAAGCGUUGGGUUGGCUACAAGUGUCGUAAUAAGUGCACGGAGGGAACCUGUCGGAUUGAUUCGACGCAGCCUGGGGAGCCCGCGGAUUGCAGCGUUCCCAAGCAACAAUAA